AUGUCAUCAGUAGCUAACUUAUUCAUUGAUAAACAACAAGCGCCGCCGAAGGAAGACCAAGGCAUAAUGGACAUCGGUAAAAACUGUUCCUAUUGCAACCAACUAGAUUUUCUACCUUUCAUAUGUGAGUUUUGCAAAAAAACGUAUUGUUCCAAUCAUCGAACUUUAGAACAACAUCAUUGUCCACGCAAGGAUAAGUUUUAUAAUCAGGCGCCAACACACGAUGGUACUUUGUCAUCUACGUCAACUAUAUCCUCUAAAUCAUUGUUUCCUGAUAGAGAUGCCGACAGGAAAUUGAUAGAUGCCAGGUUAAAGAGUCCCGAGCCGACAACUAUAAAGGAAACACAAUUUAGAGUUGGAGAUGUGGCUGGCACCAAUGCUUUCAAGAAGUUUCAAAGAUUUCUCAAUAUACAAAAGGAUAAAACGAAUUCAGCCGGAGGAGGAUCGUCUAUUUCGAAGCUCUUUGGUAAGAAAUCAUCCACCACAUCAGUUAUCUCUAAUAAGUAUGCUGAUAUGGCAAAAUUGAAAAAGAAUGCUCAGGGCGAUGCUAAGAUAGCAUUAGCUGACAGAAUAUACAUUUGGUGUGUCUAUGUCAAAGAUCCAAAUACGUCAAUGAAUAUCGAGCAAGACAAGAAACCAGUGUUUGUAUCCAAGAAUUGGGUCAUUGGUAAAUCAUUGGACUCAAUUGCUGAGAAAUCACGCAUCCCCAAUAUAAACAAUCUGACUACUAGAGCCGAGGAACGAUUAAACAUUUUCAAAAUUGAUGAAGCCAAGAAUGAACCUAGCUUGGUGAGAAAUUCGGACAAGUCAAGUAUAUUGAAAAAUGGCGAUGUGAUAUACUUGGUGAGAGGAAUAAUAUAG